AUGAGGAUUGUCGAUCUGAGCAGCCAUCGCGGCCCGCUGCGCAUCAUCGACUCGCCGACGGACUUAGACUGCAGCAAGGACGUAGGGUUCCGGCGUACCUUCCGGUCCCUGGUCGAGUGCAUGGUCCCCUGCUGCGGCUUCCAGGCCUCCCACGACUCGCCGGAAUCGGACGCCGAGUGCCCCCUCGGCUCCACGGUCACCGGCACCUUCUUCGGCUACCGCAGGGGGCGAGUCAGCUUCUGCCUCCAGGAAGGCGGCCGCAGCCCCCCCCUCCUCCUGCUCGAGCUCUCCUUGCCCACCGCGUACCUCGCCAGGGAGAUGCAGUGCGGCCUGCUUCGCAUCGCGCUGGAGAGCGACCGGUCUUCCCUCCGCCGUCCCCUCGCCGGCUCCCUCUUCAGCAUCCCCGUGUGGUCCAUGUACUGCAACGGGAGGAAGAUGGGUUUCGCCGUCCGAAGGCAGAUGAGCGAGAAGGAUGCCUCCAUCUUCAAGCUCAUGCAGUCUGUCUCCGUCGGCGCCGGCGUGCUGCCGGCGGAGUCGAAGGCCGCCGAAGGGGACCUCAUGUACCUCCGGGCGAGCUUCGAGAGGGUCAUCGGUUCUGCCGACUCGGAGUCCUUCCACCUGAUCAACCCCGUCGGAAGCUCCGGCCAACAGUUGAGCAUCUUCUUGUUGAGAUCUUAA